AAUAAAUAUAUAUAAAAUAAGUAAAUAAGAAAAUAAGCAAAAAUUAGAAAAGAAAGUCAAAUAAAAGUGAUUGGCGAUUUGCUCUUGAAAGGGAAUUAUCAAAACCUCCGAAAAAUUGCCAAAAAAAACCUCGUUACUUUGGAGAAGCUCCAACACGUGCAAGUAACUACCAGCAAUCAAAAGAGGUCACACACACACACACACACACACACACACUAACUAAGUAAUUGUCAGCUGUAAUAACGGUACUCGAAACUUGAAACAAUCGUGUAAGCAAUGCCUGAAGUUACAAAACUAGCCACGUACGAAGAAAUUUUGGCAUUGGCCAAAUCGACAUAUAAUAGUCUCUUUGGCGGCGAACCAGAAGUGGCCUGCUGUGCGCCGGGACGUGUUAAUUUGAUUGGUGAACAUGUGGACUAUAAUGAUGGCUUCGUUUUACCGAUGGCACUGCCCAUGGUCACGCUCGUCGUUGGCGGCCGUCGUACGGAUCAAAAAGCCGUAGUUUUCACACAUUGUGGCGGCUGCGAUGAGCCAAAGCAAGUAGAGUUCUCAUUAACAGAUUUGAAACCGGAAUUACCAAAGUGGGCCAACUACGUGAAAGGUGUUAUAUACAAUUUUGCGGUCGAAUUGCAGCUGCAGGAGGGUCAGUUGCCCGGCUUUAAUGCUGUUUUUGCCUCCAAUGUGCCCGUGGGUGGCGGUUUAUCGUCCAGUGCAGCAGUUGAAGUUGCCACAUUGACUUUUAUGGAACAGUUGACGGGCAAACAACUUGAGAACAAUAAAAAACGCGCUUUGGUUUGCCAAGCUGCUGAACAUAAAUUUGCCGGCAUGCCAUGCGGUAUUAUGGAUCAAAUGAUAUCGGUUGCUGGUCAAAAGGAUCAUUGCCUGCUGCUGGAUUGCCGCUCGCUGGAUGCAUUCCAAAUACCAUUUGUUGGCAGCUCCAAGGACUUGGUGGUUUUAAUUUGCAAUUCAGGUGUACGCCACGAAUUAUCAGCCAGUGAAUAUCCAACAAGACGUAAACAGUGCAACCAGGCACUUAAGUUAAUGGAAAAGACGAGCUACAGAGAUGCCCAAGUCGAGAAUUUAACAGUGUUGCAGCCAGAUCCAAUUCUGUUGCGUCGCGCCCGACAUGUCAUUACGGAAACGAAACGAACACAAGACGCAGCUGAGGCCUUAAAUGCACAUGACUUUAUAAAGAUGGGCGCACUAAUGAAAGAGUCACAUACAUCACUACGUGAUGAUUUCGAAGUAUCCUGCCGUGAAUUGGAUGUCCUGGUCGAUGCGGCCAUUAAUUGUUCCGGUGUUUUGGGAUCACGUAUGACCGGCGGUGGCUUUGGCGGCUGCACCGUUACGCUGCUGCAACGCGUUGCGGUGGACGAUGUGAUUGCGACGAUGCGUACAAAUUUCACUAAAGAAUUCAAUAAAGAUGCCGGUGACCGUUUGGAAUUCUACAUGUGUGUACCCAGUAAUGGUGCGAGACGUGUCGAUUUGUGA